AAACAUUAAUACAAUUCUGUUAAGAACGCAGUUUUUCUUUCAGGAAACAUAAAACACAAGAACAGAAUUAAACAUAUAAUGGAGGAAUAAUAUAACAAGUAUAAAAUAAUAUGAUAAUAGUGUUGUUUAACAUGGCUGUAUUUGAAACAGAGUAUAGAUCAGAGAUUCGCGAAUAGUAAUAUGUUUUGGUUGUAUAUAUGAGGAUUGGAUGUUAAGAAAUAUCAUUUGUGAACAUUUUUGAUUUAGCAUCUGGAAAAUAUAAAAAGAUUUUGUGAUCUACUUGUGAUCUUUAAUUUAGAAAAAUUGAAAAUUAAGAUCUUUAGGGUUUAUUAAACUGGAAAACUUUCAGUAGACAAAUAGGCCUGUGUACCAAGUUGCUUGAAAAACUUUGACAGGACACAAAAAAAUUAUAACCAACAAACAUAUGAAGAAUUAAUUUCAUACAGCAUCAAAAAAGGAGAUGAAAUUCUUCAAGCGCAUCAACUCCUCAGGAGAACUUCUAUCUUCGAAAAAGUCCGAAGAGAUCUCUUUAAAAACUUGCCUCGAUCACUUCAGUACUUAUGGAAAAAUAGGCAAAACAAUAAUUGACAAUCAUAAAUAUGUUAUAAAUAAAUUGGGAAAAGAAUACGACAACCUCACUUCUCAUGAUUUUGAUAAAGAGUUAAAUAAGGAAUUAAUUAGGGACAGAGCAAUCAGGAAAUAUGAAGUAGAAGCAGAAGAUUUUUAUUUAAGUAAUGCAGAGUGGUUUCCAAGGAUACGUACUGUAAAAUUUAACGAAGAUGAAGAGACAGGCAGUAUUGACAGUGAUGUUUCGGACUUCAUACAAGAUGGAUUCGCUGGUCCAUUUUCUUGGGAAACUAAGUCCUUACAAGAAUUGAGAUUUCCUCCAACGCCAGAAGCUGAAAGAAAAAAUAAAAACAACGCUAACACAAAAAACAAAAAGAACAAGAACAAGAAAGCCAGUUCGACCGACCUUACGACGAAUGAUCAUCGAAAUUAUGAGACCCUGGAAGAACUUCGGGAAAGGUUAUAUAAAAAUUACAACGAAGCAAAGGUGCAGCGCGAAAAAUACUUAAAUAUAAACAGCGUAAAAACGAAAGAAGAAAUCGCUCAGAAAAGCAUAAACGGUUAUCGAAACAAAAAGAAAACAGGUCAGAAUAUAUAUAAAAAUUACAAAACAACUCAAGAUGGCGACCUUCCGCAACAAAACGGCGCCUCAAAAAAACAAAAUGGCGAGCUUAAUCAUCAAAAUGGCGGUGCCUUACAACAAAAUGUAGGUUCACAAAUCCAAAGUGGCGGCCUAAAACAAGAAAGCAAUAUAUCUAAGGUUAAUAUUGAAGAACAAUAUAUUAAACGACAAAAUUCACAAAGCACAACAACUAACACGAAAGCCGAGGCUCAACCGUUAAAAAGUGCCUCCUCAAACAGCUUCACAGCAGAGCUCUCAUCCGCCAUCAUGAAACAUGGUAGUUCAGGAUCUAGUAUUGUAACCAACACUCCGCGUAGUACAAGUUCCUACAGUGUAAAGAGUGAUUUGGAUAUAACGAGUAAAAACGACAAUGACAUUUUGUUUGCCAAUGGAGAUGUAAACGAGAAUAUUAGCUCGGCAGAAUUGACAAGAAAAAGCAGCACGAGAAGUCGGAAAAGAAGCGGUAGUAAGUCGGGAAGUAUGAAACGAAGAAAUAGUCUAAAGAAAAGCGCGUCCCCUUCAAAAACCAGCUCAGACAAUUCUCUUGUUAUGGAAAACUCGUUAGCAAACGAUAAAGAUGAUGUUGGGCUGUCUCUGAAAAGCAGUACUGAAGAAAAGAAUCCAGAUGGUCUUAAUAAUAUCAUGGACAUGCUGGCAAACUGGUAAGAUGGUCUCCUUGAUAUCACUCUUCAUUGAUGACGAUAAAAAGAUGGAACAUCCUUCAUAUAUAGCUAAAAAGAGCAGGAAAGCAUAGGAACGAAAAUACCUUUUAAAAAAGGCAAAGAAUAAUGUCAGAAAAGAAGUCCUUAAUUUAAUGGGAUGAAUACCUUGUGAUGCCAUAGUAUUUUACCUUUAUUAAAUUAUACGCCUACCAAUUUAGAGUUAGCUAAGAUACAUUAUUUUUCGCAUUUCCCUUUUCAUGCAUUAUUUUCAAAGUUUUGGCAAAGAAUUCUUGUCGCGAAAAAGAAAAUGUCGUAAACAACAACUCUUACGGCUACUUUGUCUCGUACUAAAACUUUCCUUAAAACUUGAACACGGCCCUGUCUUCUCUGUUGCUCGUUGAAACUUUUAGGAAAAGAUUGUUUCUGUAUUAUAUGCAAACUUAGUUAAAUAUAAAUAAAUAAACGAAUAAAUAAAUAUAAAUAUUUUUGUACAA